CCAACGACAGCUCUGCAGUCCUCCUAUGUGGUACUGAUCAGGUGGUUGCAGAGCUUCAGCUCACAGCAACACAAUGCAGCUGAGCAGGCACAGCCACAGACAGAAACCCUUCCGACUCCCCAAACAAGGCGACCUUUAAGCCUCAAGUUUCCCGGAGAAAAUGAGAUGCUGAUGCUGAAGACGACAUUAUGGCUUUGAUGGAAUAUCAGAUACUGAAAAUGUCUUCCUGCCUGUUCAUCCUUCUGUUUCUCACGCCUGGCAUUUUAUGCAUUUGUCCUCUCCAAUGUAUAUGCACAGAGAGGCACAGGCAUGUGGACUGUUCAGGCAGAAACUUGACUACAUUACCACCGGGACUGCAAGAGAACAUUAUACAUUUAAAUUUGUCUUAUAACCACUUUACUGAUCUGCAUAACCAGUUAACCCAAUAUACCAAUCUGAGGACCCUGGAUAUUUCAAACAACAGGCUUGAAAGUCUGCCUGCUCAGUUACCUCGGUCUCUCUGGAACAUGUCUGCUGCUAACAACAAUAUUAAACUUCUUGACAAAUCUGAUACUGCUUAUCAGUGGAACCUUAAAUACCUGGAUGUUUCUAAGAAUAUGCUGGAAAAAGUUGUUCUCAUUAAAAAUACCCUAAGAAGUCUUGAGGUUCUCAACCUCAGCAGUAACAAACUUUGGACAGUUCCAACCAACAUGCCUUCCAAACUACAUAUUGUGGACCUGUCUAACAACUCACUGACACAAAUCCUUCCAGGGACAUUAAUAAACCUGACAAAUCUCACACAUCUUUACCUGCACAACAAUAAAUUCACAUUCAUUCCAGAUCAAUCUUUUGACCAACUCUUGCAGUUGCAAGAGAUAACGCUUCAUAAUAACAGGUGGUCGUGUAACCAUAAACAAAACAUUACUUAUUUAUUGAAGUGGAUGAUGGAAACAAAAGCCCAUGUGAUAGGGACUCCUUGUUCUGACCAAGUAUCUUCUCUGAAGGAACAGAGCAUGUACCCCACACCUCCUGGAUUUACCUCAAGCUUAUUUACUAUCAGUGGGAUGCAGACAGUAGACACCAUUAACUCUCUCAGUAUGGUAACUCAACCCAAAGUGACCAAAAUACCCAAACAAUAUCCAGGAAAGGAAACAUUUGGUGUCACACUAAGCAGAGAUACCACUUUAACUAGCACUGAUAAGGCUUUGGUGCCCUAUCCAAAAGACACAUCCACAGAAAUGACCAAUUCACAUGAAGCAGCAGCUGCAACUCUAACUAUUCACCUCCACGAUGGAAUGAUUUCAAACACAAGUCUCACUAGUGCAACAAAAUCAUCCCCAACACCCAUGACCCUAAGUAUCACUAGUGGCAUGCCAAGUAACUUCUCUGAAAUGCCUCAACAAAGCACAACCCUCAACUUACGGAGGGAAGAAACAACUGCAAAUGUAAAGACUCAACUACCUUCUGCGGCUAGUGCUUGGAAAGUAAAUGCUUCACUUCUCUUUAUGCUCAAUGCUAUGGUCAUUCUGGCUAGUGGAGGGUCUGCAGUUUCUGAAACUAAGGAAAGCCUUCCUCCCUGAUGUAUAGUUGGGAAAAUACGCCCCUAUCUAACCAGUGAUUCAAGCUAUAUUAAGUAUUCAAGAAAGCCAGUCUCAUAUUUCUGACUUUGAUGUAAAUGAAGUAACUUGUCUUAAUCAAAAGAAGUGCACAAUGUCUUGGUACUUGCUGCUAUUUUACUGUCUUAAGUAAAACUAAUGACUUUUUUUUAAUGAAAUGUUUCCUUUUUAAGGCUUUAACUUAUUGCACAAAAUACAAAAGCAUCUAAACUUUAAUAUGUAUUUUAUGUAUGUUUACACUGUCAAUGUCUGGGAAAAAAAUAAAAGGUCUAUGCUCAUAGCUGUGUUGCUUGACUUUCUAGACAUUAUCAUAAUAAUCUACUUAGUAGAAUUGAGAUGAACUAACAAUUUCUCUUCUAGGGAAUCCUGAUAAGGCCCUUUAAGAUGAAUGAAAUGUGGGGCACUCAAGGAUUUUGCCAUUAAAGUAAAACCAAGGCUGCUACUCUGUAAAUGGCUACUCACAUUAUUUUAUACCAAGCCAGAACUGUUUUAAAUCUAAACAAUGUCCUGCUUCUGAAGAACUCUUGGAUACUUUACAGAUUAUAUAAAGGACAAAUGCUCUUCAAAAGGCUAGCAGACACUCGGUGUUGCAUUUUUUUUCUUUGCAUUUUUAACAAGGAAAAUUUAACUUUGUUUUGCAUGUAAGAAAAGUAUUAAAAACAAGAGAAUAAAAAGUUUCAGUUUAA